AUGGAUGGAAAGACGGACGUGGAGGUUCAUAGAAUCCACUUCCGGAAGGUUUUUACACUUGUGCUAGAGCACAAGUUGAUCGCGAACCUCAAGAAGCGUAUAUUCGCAGCGAACGAAAUACCACUUCUUGGCUGCAUCGUGGGCAAACACGGUGUACGCCCUGAUCCGGAAAAGAUCAAGGCGCUUAGCGACUGGCCUGUGCCAGUCGACGUCAAGAGACCUCGAAAAUGCCUUGGCUUGGCGGCGUACUUGCACAAGUACUCGCGCAACUAUGCCGAGAUGACCGUACAUCUCUCUCUUCUGCUAAAGAAAACCGAGAGGUGGUCAUGGAGCGCUGAGUGUCAGCACUCUUUUGAAGUCAUCAAGAAAAGAAUGAUACAAUCGCCUGUGUUGGCAAUUGCAGACCAGGACAGACCACUUCAUGUGGUCUGUGACGCCAGCGAUAUUCCAAUCGACUGCGCGUUAAUGCAGUGCUACUCACACGGCAUUGAGCGUGUCGUCAGUUACUAA